UUGUUUUCGUUUAUACUAGACUUAUGGUGACCACAGUCCUGGAAAAUUCUGAAAGUUUUUUCUGGAAAGUUUUUAAAUUUUGACCAAAGGUUUAAGUUGAUCCAGACAUCACAAUCAUUUUGUAAGUCGAAUUUUUACAAAUAACAUUAAGGUAACAGUAAGGUCCUGGAAAUUUCGCAUAAUAGCAAUUUUUUCUGCAGUUGUCCAACCUCGACAACAGGCUUUUUUCUCUUUUUGAUAUCAGGACAGCGUGCUCCGAGUAUAAUAAAAUCUCAAACAAUAUUGUCCGGGAAAGGUAAGAUUACCAAUUUUAAAUUUUUGUGGCCAACAUGUCGAACGAAGAAUUGUAACGCUUUUAAUAGCCAACAAAAUUUUGGGUCGGACUCGAUGUUGCUCACGGUUUACUCAUUGAUAGCCAUGUUGUUUUUUGACGUCAUUAACAUUUCUUUUCGUGAAGCGUCCCAUGCAUAGUAGUAGAAGGAUAGAAAGGAGCGUAUUCAUAUGUUUAUGUAACAGAUAAACUAAAAAACACAAGUUAUAAGUUUUUAAAGCUGGUUACAGAACGAAAAAUAUUGAUUGCCGUUUCUACAGGAGCCCGCGUUUAAGCGAGUGAUUUAGGCAAGUCAUUUCAGCGAGGGAUUUAAUCUAAAGAAGAUAUCACCUGCGAGUUAUUAAUACUUUCACGAUUUUAUUCAAAAAAAUUUUCAUGGAAAAAUCCUUGAAAGAGGUCGCGAAUAGAUGUUUGAUUUUUAUUUCAAUGUAUUUUCUUUUUGUGAUAAAAGUGUUUUUUGUUGCUCUUUGUUUAGCCGGCAAAUAUAAUUAAAAACUGAAAUAUUGUGUUUAUGUUUUCAUCAUUUUUUCCCAGUGUUUUUAUAUUCUUGGUUGCCACGGGCAAGUAAAUGAAAAACAAGAAGAAGAGAAACUCAUAUAAUUUUUAAUACAUUUCAAUUAUUUUUUGUUAUAACAUAUAUUGAAUUCUUUUGUUUAUACCAAUAUUAAGAAGUGAUUGGAAAAAAACAAUAAAAAUCGAAGAGAAUUUCAUUUUUAUUUUUCUACCAAGAAUUAUCAUGAAAGAAGAUGAAAUCUAAAGUUAAGCGUGGUCAUACGAGCUGUUAAGUUUGUGCUAUGGGCAGUGCUUGCUCUAGCCAUGGUAUACAAAUACACAACUCUAUUGGGUUGGGAAAGGAAAUGGCUACAGCUUUACUUUCUCCAUUUCGCUUCAGUCGGGACGAUGCCGAAAAACUACUGGAAUCAGCACACGUUGGUUCAUAUCUCUUUUCAUACGAUGUAGCCUCUGAGCGUUUCGUUUCUGUCAGUGCAGGCGGGUACGUUUGCCAUCAUGCGAUAUCCAAACAAGGCUCUGUUUACAUUGUUGGUGGGGAAUGCUUCUCCAAUAUGGAUAAAGCCAUAGAACACUAUCGGAACCAUCCGUUGGGUUCUGUCAAACUUACCCGACAAUUUACCGACAUCAAUACUGUAACAACAGCAACUUCAAAACCAUCACCAACAAAUGAAAUCAGCAAAAAUUCAUCUCUCAGCAAUUCAAAGUACGUAGAGAAUCAAAAUGAAACUUGGAAGAAACAGCGAAAGGUAUCUUUUAAAGAAAUGACUCCUGAUAAUUCUGGCGUUGAAAAUGGAGUAGCAGAAACAGAGUUGGAAACAACUUUGAUGAAAAAUGAUAAUAUAGUGAAACAGAACUCUGUUUCCUCGGCAGACGAGGAGGAAGAAGAAAUUUUGCUCGACGAACCUAUACCAAUCUUGCCGGGACCCAGUGGUGUUCGACCGCCUCCGUUAUUCCCACGGUUUUCAAACCUUGCUGAGGAGCUGGCAGAGUUUCCAUUUGACUCCGACUCAGUGUACGAUUCAAAACAAACAUUGUUUCAGUUGUACAAAGGAAAUCCGAAGCUCAGUUACACGCCACGAUUGGACAUGGUGAAAUUAAUUGUCACUGGACAAUCCGACACUUACCAAGAAAGAAAAUACUUUCAAUUUAACCUAUUAAAACCGUUACAGCUGUUUGCUGAGCAGAACAACGUGCACUUUGAGUAUGUUGACCUCAUGUUACAGUACACGAAUUCAGAAUUACAUAAACAACAGUCAUGGUCACACGAAGACAUGUGUGAAGGUGUUAGUAAAGAAAUAAAUGAAUGCAGAUUGCACAAAAUUCCGUAUAUUUUAUUGGUGUACUCGGGCCACCGCUUUGGGCCGCUUUUAGUUCCUGACCACAUUGGAUUGAAUGAUUUUGAAACUAUUUUAAAUCACCUGGAAGGAGUAAAGAAGACCAAACUGGAAGAAUACUAUUCAGUGGAUGACAACUGCACUCCCCCUCUGUUUGUUUUGGAUGAAGCGUCUGCGUCAGAUGUAAAAGUGAAGUCAAACCUUACCGAAAUAUUCCAUACAAGUGAAAACCUCUUAAAAGAAGAAACACUCUGGAAGUACUUCGCCCCUGGGUGCGAACGUCAUCUAAAAGAGGCUUUGUGCGAUCCUCGCUCUGUUGUCAUUUUUAUCGAACGGAAAUUUUAUGAUCUCGAUGACUACCUUGAUGACCCAGCUUUUAGAAAUAUUAGAGAAGUUCAAUAUAAAGACAAAGUUUGUAGUUUAAUCAGGGAAAAGUGGACGCAAACUUUUAACGAAGUUGAAAAUAUGGAACGUUAUUACGGAGAUCAGGAGUCUGUUGCCAUGACUACAUCCGUCAAGGUACUUCAGGACGAAGAGAAAUUUCAGGCUUACUGUAAAGAGAUAAUAAAGCUGAUUAAUGACAGAGUCAAAAACAGCAUUCUCUCCAUUCAAUCCUCGUUGAAAUUAAAGACAGUAAAUGACACCGAUUAUGACGAGGUUUUGUAUCACCUUUUAACGUCAUGUCGGAUAUCUUCCGAGUCAACUUUGGAUGAAAAUUCUUAUUGCGAUGUUAAUAAAUAUAUACGUGGCAAUACAGAUAAACCGCUUAUCAUUUACGGUUCAAAAUGGUCUGGAAAAUCAUCAUUAUUAUCACGUGUUCCAAGCAUUGCAGCUGGUUGGUUUAAUAGCGCCUGCUGCAUUGUUUGUAGAUUUAUUGGACAUACCCAGGACUCAAGUUCCCUGAAAUUGUUGUUAAGAAACAUUUGCGUACAAAUAAGUUACGCGUACAGUACUGACCCAACAGUCAUACCACAGGAUCUAGACGAAAUCAUCAAAUUUUUCAAAUGUUUGCUUGAUCUGCCAACCGAUUCUCUACCACUGGUUCUUGCUCUUGAUUCACUGGAUCUAUUGAACUGUAGCGAUACUGUUAAUCCAAUUUCAGUGAUUCCAACUAAGUUGCAAGCAUAUGUAAAAAUAGUUGUGACGUUAGAUUCAGAAAACAGGAACACACGCGACAACGACAUAGUCAGAAUAACUCUACCAAAUUUCACCUCAUACAGAGCACUCGAAUAUCUCGAUCAGCUAUUAGUAAAGGAAGAUAGAACUCUAAACAGCGAACAACAAAAAAUCGUCGCUGAGACUAUUGAGAAAUCAAACGAUCCGACGUUUGUACGAAUUUUGUUGACGGAGCUGGUGUCACAGAGGUCGUCAGAUGAGACGUGUACGUGCAGUGCAAAUACAUCAGAAGGUUUGGGUAAAAUAUUUGAGCGAAUGGAAGAAACAGUCGGUUUUACCUUUAUAUCAGCUUUUUGUUUUGCAGUAUCUUUAGAUCAGUUUGGAAUUCCAAAGCCGCUACUGUCAACUUUUCUGAAAACUGUUAUGAAUGAACUUGAUCAGGUUGGCACACAGACUAAAAUCCGAUUUGUUAUGGAGCAACUCAAUGUCGUGUGCGUAUACCAAGUAAAGUUUGGACAAAUAUACAUAUGUUGUCGGGAUAGAUUACUUGCUAACUUGGUUCAUCCAAAAUAUGCACAGGGUCAUUUAGACUACGUAGACGUAUUUAAGAAUAUUUCCGAAGAAUAUUUUACAGAACAGAAAUCUAAAGCAUGGUUAACUCUGAAACAAGAUCUCGAUGUGUUUAAGUAUUACGAGCCUCAGUAUUCGUUCCUUCAACGAUUUAUCCUCCGCUACGGAGAUCUAGCGCAACUGAAAAAAAACUUCCUUCUCAACUAUGCUUUUGUUUACAACAAACUAAACUGUGUGUCUUUAUUUCACGUUCGAUUCGAUUUUGCAGAAGCUCUUAUGAAGUACCCUGACGAUUACGAACUAACCGUUUUGAACGAACUGUUAGAGCUAUCAAAAGAAGUGCUACUAACAGAUCCGAGUCAGCUUUGUUUGCAAACGGUCUGUCGUCUUGAUAGAUGCAUAAAAGAAGCAUGUCGAACCGACGAAAUUAUUGAAGAACAGCCUGAAAAGAUUUGCGAAAGCACAUCACUACAAACCUUUAUCACGGAGGCGGCUAAACGGUGUGACACGUUGAAACCACACAGACAGUGCCUCACUAUCCCAAACAAAUGUAGUAAUGCCACAAAGGACGAGCAGAGUAAAUGGAGUGUAAAGGAUUUAAAAUUGAUGUUUGUUUUAUCAAAGCAAUAUGAAUUUGUGGGCUGGAGUUUCGAAAGAGGAGAAUUAUAUUUCUACAAUUUCGAGAAAAUUUUAGUCAAAUCUAAAACUGUAGAAAAUUUUCAAAAGGUUGUGUUGUGUAUGGAGGAGCAGCUAGUGGUGGAAGUUUCUCAUAACGAGUCUGAGAGUAAAUUUGUCGCUUUUAACAUGUGCAGUGAAGAAUGGCUGAAUAUAUAUCCAGAGGGGGUCUCUUUCACCGACAUUUUUCACGUGUUUGCUACUGACCAUAAAAACUUGCUGUUCUGUUUAAACGAACAAAUGAAUGCGUUACGUAUAGUCAAUGUUAAAGACUUGACUGUUGUGUGGAAAUACGAAACCGAUGCAGUCUUCCAUAACAUCGUUUUGUGCAAGGAUGCGAGUACCGCCAUUUGUUACAUUGACAGAAGCUAUGAAACAAGUAAGGUUAAUUUUACUGAAGAUGACCACGAAGAUGAAAAUAAAGAGGAAGAGGACAUUGACCAGCCAGUCCAUGUUCAGACAUACUAUGAAGAAAUUGUAGUACUCGACUGCACAAACCACCAACAGGUAAUGUGCUUAAGUUCUCCUUCAGAUCAUUAUUGCGGCAAAGUAUUCGCUCUAUCUGAAGAUGGUCAGUACUUUGUACGCGUAACAGAAGUCGAUAUUCAUCUUCUGGUCUGGAAUAUACAUAAAGGAAAAUUGAUGCAUGAUAUUAACACUUCAUCGUGUAGACUCACUAGAUUGUUGGUUUCUACUCGUGGAAAUUGUAUCGUAUCGGCUGCCUCCGAUUCCUCAAUAUGGGUGUAUAAUUUAGCAGACGGCAGUUUACGAUUCAAGUUGACCGAGCCAGUUCGCGCUAUUCGUGGAGGAUACAUGGAUGAUGCACACAAUCUAUGCUUAUCCGACGACGGGAAUAUCGCAGUACAUUCUGUGAAAUCAAACUUUCAUCCCAGUUUCAUUGUAGUUUGGAAUCUAGUGACUGGUACACGGCUCUCUUCUCUUACAACUGACUAUUAUGGUUCCAAUUACUACCUAUCUCCAACAGGACAAUCUUUGAUAGGUACAUUCCCAGUAGGCGUGGUCGCAUUUGAUAUUACCCAAUCAUAAGCAAUAUCUCACAGCGUAUUGAUUUUUUUUAAAAAUAACUUUAAAUGGUUUAAAUUAUAUUUUGAUUAAAAAAACGAGACUUUAGUUAA